UCCACGCUUUACAGCUACCCACCCCUACUAAACAAAGCACCCACCCAGAGCGGCGGCCGCCGGCAAUGGCGGCGGCGGCGGAGUACGGCGGCGACUACCUGCAGCAGUUCGUCGCGGAGACGGAGUGGUACAACGAGAUCGUCCUCAGCGCGGUGGCGCCGGGCGAUUGGUGGCGCGGGCUGCCGCACCCGGUGCAGUCGUGGAUGCGCAACUGCGUGGGCGGCUACCUCCUCUACUUCAUCUCCGGUUUCCUCUGGUGCUUCGUCAUCUACUACUGGAAGCGCCACGCCUACAUCCCCAAAGAUUCUAUCCCUACAACAGAAGCUAUGAGGAAGCAAAUAGUUGUUGCUUCGAAAGCAAUGCCUUUUUACUGUGCUCUUCCAACUUUAUCUGAACACAUGAUUGAGAGUGGAUGGACACGGUGUUACUUUAAUAUCAGUGAAAUUGGUUUGUCUAUGUACCUCAUUUAUAUGGCUUUAUAUCUCAUCUUCGUGGAGUUUGGAAUUUACUGGAUGCACAGAGAGUUGCAUGACAUAAAGCCACUGUACAAAUAUCUACAUGCAACCCACCAUAUUUACAACAAGGAAAAUACCUUGUCUCCAUUUGCUGGGCUCGCUUUUCAUCCACUAGAUGGGAUUUUGCAAGCAAUACCACAUGUCUUUGCCCUCUUCCUUUGCCCAACUCACUUCAGGACGCACAUUGCUCUCUUAUUCUUAGAGGCCGUGUGGACAACAAACAUCCAUGACUGCAUUCACGGCAAGAUAUGGCCGGUCAUGGGUGCUGGCUACCAUACCAUUCACCAUACAACCUACCGCCACAACUAUGGCCACUACACCAUCUGGAUGGACUGGCUGUUUGGUACACUCCGUGAGCCAGAAGAUAUCCUCAAGAAGGCUUGAGCUGUUUACACCUGUGUUUUCUCCCUUGUGCUGUGAAGUGUAGGGUUUCUCAGCCUCCGAGGCUCUGUCUGUUGCCUUAAGCAUCGGUGUGUUGUUUUAGUAUGCUAGGUGCAUAUUAUGUUGUUUAUUACCUAAUUUAGUGCUGUUUCUCAUGAUGCAAUGGAGUUGACAACGAAUAAAACUUUGCCAGACACUUUCUGGAUUCCAGCUGCUUGUACAAUUCGGCAUCUCAAUGCCAGUAUAGGAUAUAAAUGUA